AACGCCGCCCCGCCGUCGCCUUUCACUCGGCUUCUAAUCGCACAGUCCGUUGUGCUUCUUUAGCGGCCCGAUUGCCGGUUUUUUUCUGCCGAUUUUGGGAACCACUGCCACUUUGGGCUCUCUUAUCAUUUAUCGCCGGCGGAAUUGUGCGCGUAACGACUCGAACGGCUAAAACGCGCCCGGACAAAACGCAACGGUCGUCUAUUCGUGGUAAGAGUCCGCGUGCGACAGAAAAGACGGCGGCCGGAGGAACCAAUUUUUCGAACGGUCGGCGAUCCGUCCCGUCUGUUAUCUAUGGUGCGCCGGUGCGAGCCGUCCGAAUCGAACGAUAAGUCAUCCCGUUGUUCCGGAACGGCGUCGAAACGGAACAGUUAUUAUGACUUACGAACAGGCUGCGUGCGACGGUAAUCAUUUGACGUUUCUAUAAAUUUUAUGAUAUUCGAGCCCCGUUCCCCCCUCCCCACCCUCGAUCGAUUCCGUACGCGCGACGUUCGACUCCGUUUUCACGGGUAUCGCUGUCAUUUGUGCGUGUGUUUUUCGUUGUUUUCUACAGGUUUUCAAUAAUAUCGAAUUCACACAUUCAGCCUCACAAACGGUUGCUUUCCACGGAUUCCGUAACCCUUUCGCGGGUCGAUCGUGUCACAUUCGGUUCGUUUGUUUUCGGCCUGUCGGCCCGCCCGGCCUAAACGGUCGCCCGAAGUUAAUGGUAUUGAAAUUGAAGGUAACGUUCGAACGAUCGUUGUUAUGACUUGAACACACCGAUCGAGAUCAUUGAAUUUUCCAUUACCAAUCACGCAUAACUGUUACACACGUAUCGUUUUAUUUUCAAUUAUCUGCUUGAACGAUAUCGACACUGAAUGAAACGGUUUAAAUUUUAUUUUCAAAUCCAACCUAUAUCUAUCUAUCCGUGAGAAUCCUUGUAACAAAUGAUCUCUGGCACCAGUCAUAUUGUUUUAUUUUUUUUUUUCUCCGCGAUAGAGCAGGCCAGGAUAGAUUCCGGACCAGGUCUUAGGCCUUUUUGUAUUAUCGGCAAAUAUGUUAGUGUUGUGUCAGACAGGAGGAGGAAAAUGAAUUGUUGGAGUGGUGACCGAGAGAAGGCGAGCGACCCAUAGAUAUUUGAUUUGGCACAGUCAACGCGGUAUGUGGGUUAACUGUGAUAGGGCCAUGUACAACUAUAGUGAUAUGGAUGAAAUAAAACAAAAAAUUAUUCAUAAUUAGAUGGACACAGAAAGAGAAAUUUUUUUUCUUUCAAGGACAAAGCCGAAAUAAAUAUAAAUCAUUGAGUACAAAAAGUUAUUUAGGUGAUAAAUUAAAUAUAAAUACCUACCGUCUCCAAUAUUAAGUCUUAGCCGACGCCAAUAUAAUUAACACUAUUAACAAUGGUUUAUUUAACGAAUCCAAAAACUAUUUACAAUAAUACAUUUAGGCCAGAAAAGUGAUAAUAGAAACGCCAUUUAACAUACACAAUAAAAUUAAAUAUUUUUAAAACCUAACUACAUAUAAUAAUAACUGAAUAAAAAAAAAAAAGUGAUUGCUUAAUAUUAUAAUGUUUGAAACAUUUACAUUAUGUUUCCUAAUAAUUCAAAUGAUUGUUUUUAACCGACAAAUAAUUUAUGUUAUAGAUCUGAAAGCUUUUGAAAGAAGACUGACCGAGGCCAUCGCUUCUGUCAAACCAAUAACUAAUCGAUGGCGCAGUAUGAUCAUUUUUGUUUUUCAUCGUUACCAAUAACUUAACAUGAUAAUAUUACACUAAUUAUUUUAAUUUGUUUUACAGCAGUUUUAGCCCUUUCAACUUUGAGUACAUCAAUUGGUGCUUAUUAUUGGCUGUCUGAUCCACAAACGGCGAAAGUGUCAUUCAUCCAAUCACUGUACAACCAUUUAUUGUUCACCAUUUCAUCUAUAGUACUUAGUAAGCAUAAAAUAUAAUUUUCCAGCUUAAGUACAUUGUUGUUUAACACUAAUUUAUUUUAUUUUAAUCAGUGGUAUUACUGCUAACUGGUAUCCACAAAAAAGUGAUAGGGACAUCGAUAAUCACGUCCCGUGUCAGGAUAGUACUAGCAGAUUUUAAUAUGUCUUGUGACGAUUCCGGAAAACUAAUACUCAGACCGAGGCCUCAACAGAAUACGUCAUAAGUAAUUAAGUUGUUAUAAAUUGUAAAAUAUAAAAAUUAUAUUUUUUUAUUCAUACAAAAUGUAUUGAUAUAAUGUAUUUAUUUAAUAGGUUAUAACAGUAUUUAAAUAUUUAACGAAUACUUGAUAUAUUUUAAUAAUAUAUUUUUAUUAUUAUUGUGUUCAAUGUUAUCAAAAUUUAAUUUGCACAUUCUAAACUAGUGUAAAUGAAAAGAGACCAUCAUAAUAUACUUGUUUAUAAAUGUAAAACAUCAAAAUAACAUACUCGUACAAAAGACAAAAAUAAUGAUGUCUUUAUUCAUCCUGCUUUUUGGCCCAAUAGUAUUGUCAUACAUACGCAAGCAUCUUGUGUUAACAUGACAAAAUUACUUGACCGAAUGAUAAAUGAGUACAUAAAUAUUAUUAUUUUUUUUUUACUUAUGGUUUUUAAUUUACAAACAAAUAUAAUAUGCUUAAAAAUAGAUGUAAAACAAUGAUUAAUGCACAAACAAUUAACAUUUAACAAACAAUAGGUAUAUCAUUUAACGAGAUCAAAUUUAUAUUUUUUAUUACCAGUUUUACACAUUAACAUAUCGACUCUUAGUAAACGACUGGUGUCAAAUUCAAUUUUAUGUUCUAAUGAUUUCAAUAUGGUCUUCAAAUGAUUAGACUGAUCCCCCAAACACCAAGCAAUACUUAAAUGAAACUUAGGAUUCUAGAA